AUGAUUGCAGCCCAGCUAUUGGCUUAUUACUUCACUGAACUCAAGGAUGACCAGGUCAAGAAGAUUGAUAAGUACCUCUACUCCAUGCGUUUCUCUGAUGAGACUUUACUGGACAUCACACAGCGGUUUCGCAUGGAGCUGGCCAACGGACUGGGCCGGGACACAAACCCCACAGCUGUACUGAAGAUGCUGCCCACAUUUGUGCGAUCGAUCCCCGAUGGCUCAGAGAAAGGCGACUUCAUCGCUCUGGACCUGGGCGGCAGUAACUUCAGGAUUCUUCGUGUGAAAGUGAGCCAUGAGAAGAAACAAACCGUUCAGAUGGAGAGUCAAAUCUACAACACACCAGAGGACAUCAUCCACGGAACUGGAACCAGACUGUUUGACCAUGUGGCCGAAUGCCUGGGUGACUUCAUAGAAAAGCACGACAUUAAAGAGAAGAAACUUCCAGUAGGGUUCACCUUCUCUUUCCCCUGUCAGCAGACCAAACUGGACGAGAGCUAUCUAAUAACAUGGACAAAGCGCUUCAAGGCUAGUGGAGUUGAAGGAAUGAACGUCGUGGAGCUACUGAACAAAGCCAUCAAGAAAAAAGGGACUUAUGAAGCUGACAUCAUGGCUGUAGUCAAUGAUACAGUUGGGACAAUGAUGACCUGUGGUUUUGACGACCAACGCUGUGAAGUUGGAAUCAUCAUUGGCACAGGCACCAACGCCUGCUACAUGGAGGAGCUGCGUCACAUUGACCUGGUGGAAGGAGACGAGGGCAGGAUGUGUGUGAACACGGAGUGGGGAGCAUUUGGAGACGACGGCCGGCUGGAAGACAUCAGGACAGAGUUCGACAGAGAAAUAGACAGAGGUUCUCUCAACCCCGGGAAACAGCUAUUUGAGAAGAUGGUGAGUGGGAUGUACCUGGGGGAGCUGGUCCGUCUCAUACUGGUGAAGAUGGCCAGAGAGGGAAUGCUGUUUGAAGGAAGGAUCACCCCGGAGCUUCUGACCAGAGGGACGUUUGAAACCAAACACAUCUCAGCCAUUGAAAAGAAUAAGGAGGGACUGUGCAAAGCCAAAGAGAUUUUAACCAAACUGGGUGUGGAGCCCUCUGAUGAGGACUGUAUUGCUGUGCAGCACGUGUGUGCCAUUGUGUCCUUCCGCUCUGCUAACCUUAUAGCUGCUGUGCUAGCUGGUAUUCUGAAGAGACUGAAGGAAAACAAAGGUGUUUCCCGACUACGCACCACUGUAGGCAUUGACGGCUCUCUCUACAAAAUGCACCCGCAAUAUGCCCGUCGCCUUCACAAGACGGUCCGUCGUUUGGUCCCGGACUCUGACGUGCGUUUCCUCCUGUCAGAGAGCGGCAGCAGUAAAGGAGCGGCCAUGGUCACGGCUGUAGCCUACAGACUGGCCAACCAGUCACAGGAAAUCAAAGAAAUGCUGUCGGAGUUUCGAUUGACCAAUGACCAGCUGCUGGAGGUGAAAAAUCGAAUGACAAGUGAAAUGCAAAAAGGCCUUUCAAAGAGCACUCAGGAAUCUGCUACCAUGAAGAUGUUGCCAACCUUCGUCUGCAGCACUCCUGACGGCACAGAGUACGGUGAUUUCCUGGCCUUGGAUUUAGGGGGAACAAACUUCAGAGUUCUGUUGGUCAAGAUCCGUUCGGGCAAGAAGAAAUCCGUGGAGAUGCACAACAAGAUUUAUGCCAUUCCUCUGGAAGUGAUGCAGGGCACAGGAGAGGAGCUGUUUGAUCACAUUGUACAGUGCAUCAGUGACUUCCUGGACUACAUGGGUAUGAAGAACGCUCGUCUGCCUCUGGGCUUCACCUUCUCCUUCCCCUGCAAACAGACCAGCCUGGAUGCUGGCAUCCUACUGACGUGGACCAAAGGCUUCAAGGCCACAGACUGUGAAGGAGAGGAUGUGGUGGGACUGUUGAGAGAAGCCAUCAAGAGGAGAGAGGAGUUUGACCUGGAUGUGGUGGCCGUCGUCAACGACACCGUGGGAACCAUGAUGACCUGCGCCUACGAAGAACCUACCUGUCAGAUUGGACUCAUCGCUGGCACUGGCAGUAACGCCUGUUACAUGGAGGACAUGAGGAACAUCGAGAUGAUCGAGGAAGACAAGGGACAGAUGUGCAUCAACAUGGAGUGGGGAGCCUUCGGAGACAACGGAUGUCUGGACGACAUCAGGACGGAAUAUGAUCGCAAUGUGGACGACUUCUCUCUCAAUCCAGGCAAACAAAGGUAUGAGAAGAUGUGCAGUGGCAUGUACCUGGGAGAAAUCGUGCGAAACAUCCUCAUAGACAUGACCAAGAGAGGAUUCCUGUUCCGAGGGCAGAUCUCUGAGACCCUGAAGACCAGAGGCAUCUUUGAGACAAAGUUUCUGUCCCAGAUAGAGAGUGACAGACUGGCUCUGCUGCAGGUCAGAUCCAUCCUGCAACACCUAGGACUGGACAGCACGUGUGAUGACAGUAUCAUAGUCAAAGAGGUGUGCGAGGCAGUGUCACGUCGAGCAGCUCAGCUGUGCGGGGCAGGAAUGGCAGCGGUGGCCGAUAAAAUCCGGAAGAACCGUGGAAAGGACCAUCUGGAGAUCAUUGUUGGUGUGGAUGGAACUCUGUACAAGCUUCAUCCACACUUUUCCCGGAUUAUGCACCAGACGGUGAAGGAACUGGCUCCUCAGUGUGACGUGAACUUCCUGCUGUCAGAGGACGGCAGCGGUAAAGGAGCUGCCCUCAUCACAGCUGUGGGCUGCAGACUGAGACAGGAGCUGAACAAUAAAUAGAUGCUAUCUCCCCGCUCCCCCACUGACGUCCCCCACUCACUGAUCUCUCCCCUUGGCCUUCUUCCCUCACUCUUAGUCUCUUAGUCUUUACUCACAUACUUAGUCUUUUGUCCAGUCCAAUUCAGUUAAUGUAUCACGUUCCAGGAGCUGCUUAAAGUCCCACGUGACAAAACAUGAGGGAAAGUCAGACGUUGAAUGUGUAUAGAUAAAAGUGCACAGCUGGAGAAGAAAGACUCCUUUGUCGCCACCUACAGGAUUCCUGUGAUAACUUCUGAGAAGGUUUGUUGCAGCAGCAAGCACUACAACUGCGGAGACAAUUCAACACGGAAGUACUGCAGUGAGGCCGAGACGUGUGUAGUAAAUACAGGGUUUUUAAAUGAAAAAACAACAACACAGUUUUAGACCAAAGUGUUUCUGCUGUAGCUCACUCACGUACUGUACGUAGGUUUAAUUAUAAAAGUGUAACAAGGAAAAAAAAUAAGGAAAUAU